GACAUGCCAGAAAAACCGGCAACGAAGAGACCGGAAUCCGAUCAGGUCCUAAACACAGAGCAGCCGGAGAUGAAGCGUCAGAAGCUUGAUGACCCUGAACCGGGAGAGCUCGUUGCUGAUGCUGCUGUAGCAAUGGAACUGCAGAGCGAUAGUGAUAGCGACUCGGAUGAUAAUGACUAUAAAUUUUUCAAUAAAAACUUUCGCUAUUGUAUCAUCUGUCGUAAGAUGACCACCUAUCACAGACCUCAAGACUGCCCCAAGAAGUCAAGGGGAGUUGGAAUAUUUUGUUUCAUUUGUGAUGGCCCCUGUAAACUUAGUACCGAUGAACACAAAGGAGAUCAGAUGGAAUAUAUCAAAUUCUGUUAUAAAUGUGGCUCACAGGCUCGGCACUGGACCCAGGACUGCCCCUUUUCUGACAGUGAAUCCGAUUAACAUGGGAGAUCUUUCAGAAAUCGCAUGUUUGUUUGAUCUGCUUUCAUUAGGUCUCAUAUGAUUCAAGAGCUUUAGCAAACAUGGAGAUUCCUAAUUUGAAACAUAUCGAAAUUUAAUGUGGAGAUUUCUAAUGAUCGAGAAACAUAUCAAAAUUUAGUCGGAUUUGUAGUUUUUAUCCGACAGUUGUGUUAACUUAAGACCCUCCUUUUCUUCCUCAUCUUUUCCUAUUUCCAGUUUGUCGUUGGAUGCUCUAUUCAAUGUUUCAUGUGUAAAAUAUAUCUUCCUUCAGUGGACAUCAGUUUGUUUUAUGUUUUAAUCUGUUUUCGGAUAAUGACAACUUU